GGCUCGUCUCAAAUCACUGGUGUUAGUGCCAUCGUGCACCUCAUCGUAGUUCUUUCAUUCAGCACGUGAAAUGAAAGUUAAAAAAGAAGUACUCCAUUAAUCUUAAAACUGGAAAAAUCGUAAUAAUUCAAUCAAAAUAAUAGUGCGUGUGCAUAGAUGCACGUUAACAACCGUUAGUGCAUAGAAUUUAUCAGUUUGUUAUGUUGAUUUGAUGAUAAAGAAAUUAGGUGCGGGAUAAAAAUCAAGAUUAUCAAAUCAGGCCGUCAUCCUUGAUCACCGCAGUAAUAUAGACGAUAGCUUUCCAGUUAAAGCGUAAAUGCAAAUGUGAUAGAAACGGCCGUAAAGAAAAUCAAUUUUUAGUGAUAGAAAUCUGUCGUCAGAACGAGAAAGGUCCAUUUUUGGAUCAACUAUACCUGCCCUUUGUUACAGAGAUUUGUCAACGUAGCAGGCAAAGUGCUUUGAGCUGUGAUUUCCUGCCACGAUUCGCAGUGAAUUUUGCCUCACUGUGGCAAUCAACGGUUCGCUCCUGCAAUUCAUCGAUGUGACGAUUGCAUGCGUAGUUCAGAUACACGUUGCGAGAAUAAAGAAAGAGAAUCGUUGAGAGAUCAAUGAAGUGCAAGCAGUAUUGCCAGCUUGAGUUUUUCUGUAGCCCAGGUAGUUUCCAGUUUCCACAUGUUUUGCAGCUCUUGCGCAUAUCAAAUUCAAAGAGUUUUGUUGUGUUUGGCGUGUUCAGUACGUAAAGUUUUCCAUCAAUACACCAACAUACAUACGGAAGAAUCGGUAAUAACAUGAAACAAGCAAGAUGUUACAUUGAUAGUGUACUGAUUAAUAAACCAACGACAAAGAUCUAUGUUCCUAUCAAUUGAUAAGAGCUCCGGCACAGAGAGAAGACGCUGCUAUAAUUUCUUCUACCAGAUGCUUGCUAUUUUGUUUGUAAAAAAAUAUUUACGAACCGUAUUUUGUGUUUUUCUUGCAGAUAUUGUUCGAGCAACCCGAAACUGCCAAUACUCGAGAUUCACAACACUCUCUGUAGCAGCUUUGCUAUAGAUACUUGAUGAGCAAAGAAAAUCUUAUUUAUAUUACUUUUGUAACCAGUGAAUCAUUUUUUGGAAAUCGUAAACCAUUUUUUACGGUGAUUCCGUACUACAGCUUACAAUCGUAUUUAGCACUCGGUUGAGCCAUUAUAUUAGCGCAAAAAUUAUAAUUUGCAGCCAUGUCUGAAUCUAACACUGAUUCGGUUAUCAUCGAACAACCAGUGAAACUGGAAGAAGAUAAUAACAAUGAAAUAGAUCUGGCCGAUUCGGUUACUAAAUUAAACCUUAAUGGAGAAACAGGACGGGAUCAGGCUGAAAUCAUCUCAUCAAACGAUGAGAAUCAAGACAACAACAACCAUGCUUCUUGUGACAUAUCUAAUAAAAGUAACACUGAUGGUGGCCAUAAAUCAAUAGGAAUUCGAAUUAGACGAACAUCUGAAAAAUUGCUAGGAGAAGAAGUAGGUGGUCGAAAAAAAUAUUCGCUUGAUCAAUUGCUAUCCUUAAAAGAUGCAACCAUUAGCAAAGAAAAACCUACAACUAUACCGGAUGUAUGCAAAUCCAUCCUCAAGUCUUCCCACAAUCCGCUCAUGUCUGCUAGUAGAAAUUUUGGCAAUCAAGAUAAUGCAUUGCUUCCCAACUUCAUGCGAGGAGGUAUGGAUGGUUCUGGAAUGAUGGGAGCCAGAUCCUUGGCAGCUGCACCGAUGAAGCGAGCUCCCUACCAGGGGCGUCUAUCAGCCAAAGAGAUGCGAUCCGGUGCAGCAGAUGAUGUAGAUAGUGGCAUCAUCAAAGUUAAUUUGAACAUAACCGAAGAGGUGAAACUUCGCGAAUCCGCAAAUGCUUGGAGACCACGCUUCCUAAAAAUGCAAGAAGAAGGUGAUGAAGAAACUAAAAAAACCCAAGAACUGUUCAAGAAAUUCCGAAGCAUACUUAACAAGUUAACGCCAGACAAUUUCAGCGUGCUUGUUGAGCAGGUUAAAACAUAUGAAAUUGAUACUGAAGAACGGUUGGAUGGGUGCAUCAAAAUAUUGUUUGAGAAGGCGAUUAUGGAACCAAAUUUUACCGAUACUUAUGCACAAAUGUGCAAAGAAGUUGGCGGUAUAAUACAAAUUUGCACUGGAGACAAUCAACAGGCCAACUUCAAACGUAAACUAAUCACUCAGUGCCAGAGAGAGUUCGAAAAACAUCAUACUGAUAAAGAACAGAAUGCUAACGAAAUUGAGGAAUCCAAGAAAAAGGCAACUGAAGAACAAACCGAUGACAUUGAAGAUCUACAGUUUGAGCUAGAAGAAAAAGAUAUUCGAAUUCGAAGACGUGCUCUUGGAACAAUUCGUUUCAUUGGUGAGUUGUUUAAGCAUAAACAACUGACGCAUAAAAUUAUGUACAUUUGCAUUAAUAUUUUGUUGAGCGAGGAAAUGCUGGACGAGGAGUCGCUAGAGUGCUUAUGUAAACUGCUAACCACUAUUGGCUGUCGGAUAGAGCAAGAGUGCGAGCCAUCGGGUUUACAAUACUGUUUUAAUCGCUUACAAGAUAUUGUAGAUGGAAAAGCAACGAUCCAAGUGUGCAACCGGAUUCGUUUCAUGAUUCUUGAUUUGAUGGAUUUGAGGAAGAAUAAUUGGCAGCCCCGCAGAGCACAAGCCGCGCCAAAAACAAUGGAUGAGAUACAGAAGGAAGUAGAAUCGGAGGAACACAAAAAUAGAAUUUUGAACUUUGUUUUGUCUGGCCCUGGUAGUCGCGGUGGCCCUAGUGGAAGCAGCGGCGGCAUCAAUCGUCAGGAUAACGACCGACAUCAUGGCGGAGAUAAUGGAAGUACCCCGAAAGGCAAACAGCGUUUCGUGGACGAUGACGGUUUUGUACAACCAGCAUCCAACAAAACAGCUCGCCCGCUACCCCUAUUCGAUCCGAAGAAGCUUAACUUAACGCAAAAGUCACCGGAAGUGACUCGUCUCGGAUCGGCUUCUAUGUUUCAGGGUUGGGGACAGAACAAUGCGUUUGCCUCCCUUCCUGAUGAUCAAAAUCAGGGUGCAGGUCCGCCUAGUUUUUUCGGAAGCGCUGGCCUAGGUAGCAGCUCUCAAUCGUCUGGCGGUGGUAGUAAAGGCGGAGGUGGUGGUGGUUACGGUGGUGGAAACAAAAAAUCUGGGAGUGGAAGUAAAAAGCAGCUUUAUCAUGGAAGAAAUAGUAGCCGCUUCUGAUGAAAAUCUGAUCAUAAUCAUUGUUUAAGUUUGCCCUUUUAGGAUUCUUAUUUUCUAAAUCUACAUAUUUCGUGAACGCAAGCUAUUUUGCGAAAAAAAAAUAAAUGCUAUUAGUGGGUCAAGUGAACGGUAAAGUGUCUUUUCAUAGUCAUUACACAUUGUGCUCAGGUUAGUGGGAUAAAUUGAAAUCUGAAAAGUACGUAGAAAUUACGGUGCGUUUUAAAGUAACAGUGUUCCGACUUCUUUGUAUAUUCCAGUCAAAUACAGACAUUUUAGCCCUGAGUGCCGAGAAAUACAGCCAUCCUUGAUAGGGAAUUAUAUUCAAUUUAAUUAUUAUUUCUGUGCACUCAUACAUGAGUAAGACUCACAUAUAUAUUGAAUUCAUCUUAACCAAGCAGCCAAAAUAACUAACAGAAGUUCCUUUUGCAAUACCAUGGAGUUUGUUGCAGAAUAUGUCUAAUGCAAGUUAAAAUCGCACUCCAAAUUGCAUUAUUUUCCAAAAAGGGCCACUGAUGAUUAGUUAACUAACAAAUUGAGAAUUAAAUCUAUUGAAAAAUAUACCCCGGCGUUGCGUUUGCAGUUCAAGAGAACACAAUUAAAAAGAGAGAUUAAUAAAAAUCUAGAGUGUAUCAUACGCAAUUGAAAAUAGUCAACUUACGCUAAUGGAAUAUAUAACAGGAAUUCGAAAAAUGGUGACACUCGCUGUAAUUGCCUUUCAUCUCCAUAAAUUAAUGUGUAUAUAUGGGCAAUGCAUUGAACUCAAGGAAAUGUCACGCUCAAAUUAAUAAUAUAUAGAUAGAACUCAGUUAAUGGAAAGUAUGCAUGAAAUGAAUAUGAAUAGGAAAAUGAUAUUAAUUAUAGGCAAACAAAAGCAAAAAAAAAAUGUAAAGCUGAAUCAUACCUUCGUAUACUUUUAGCAUCUGUGAACUUAAAAAAAUGAGCAGGAAUUCGACAGCCGAAUUCUGUAAAAGCUAAAAAUAAUGUUUUAAAACUAUUGUUUCAACAAAAAUGGAUUGCGUAUAGUAAUAGAAACCAAGCUUGGAAUUUAUGGCAAAUAUUUGUAUUUUUCCAAUUUACACGUAAAGAAGUCGCAGUUUCAUAAAAUAUUAAAAAAAAAAAAACGUUAUCUAGUAAGUUUA